AUGACAGAAACGGUUGGGCGAGCAGCGGGGCCCAGAGGGGGCCCAGGCGGCACUCGAACUGGUCAAGGCCGUCAGGAACCGGCCCCAGGGCUACAAGGCACUGGGCAGGGCAAGCAGGAGGAGGGGCUUACAGUCCGUCCAGGGCAGAUGACGGGAGCCUCAGCGCUCCCAGCUGGUCGCCAUGGCAGCGUCAGCUCCCCCGAAGCCUCCGAAACCGCCAGAGCCACGGCGGGUUUCACCAAGACGACCGCUGAAGCCACAGGGGGCUCCACCAAAAAGGUCACUGAAGCCAAAGCGAGUUUCACCACCGAGACCACUGAAGCUACAGCAACCUUCAAUAAACAGACCACUGAAAAGGUCUCGUCGAGUCCGCCAGCCGGUGCACUCGUCCAAACUCGUCUCCCCGUCUCGACCGUCUCAACCAUCGUCUCAACCUCGACCGCGCCCCAGAGCCCCUCGCUGCCCUCGCCGCUCCCUCAUCGCCAGCCUAGGUCCUCCUACCUCCGGACGCGAGCCUCAUCCUCCCUCGCCCCGUCCACCACUGCCCAGCGCGCCUCGCGUCCUCCCUCUCAGACCUCCACCCGCCGUCGCCGCUCAUCCGACGAUUCAGCUCCCUCGUUUGACGGCCACAGCAGCUCGCCCCCGCCGGGCUCCUCCUCUCCUCCCUCUAGUGUCGGGCAAGACAUUUACGCGCCAUCGCCAUCUGCCGACGCUAAGCCUGUCUUUCAUCAUCGCCGCCAUUUUCGACAGCGCGCCGUGUCCUUUGAUCUGCCUAAAGCUGUUAGACCGCGUCCGCGAGCCUACUCGGAUCAGGGGCCGUGUCCCGACCUCUCCCGUCCUCCCCAGACCCUCUACCUCCGGACAUCUUCAAAUCCUGAGCCGCCGGCCGGCCGUGAUCACCGUCUCUCUCCCUCCUCUUCCAACUCGAGCCUCCUUUCAAGAUCCUCCCGCGAGCCCGCCUCCUUUAGCGCCAAGGGCGUCUCGACCUCCUCCGGCCCGCCUCCCUCCAUCAACAGCCGUUUGCUCGAAAUCGGUGGGCACGACGCCAGCUUCGCCGCCCUCCACCAGCACCACCAGCAACAUUAUCAAAACUACCAGCCUCGCCUCAUCUCCAACUCCCGACAGCUUCUGCCUCUCAAGACAGCCGCCUACUCCUCGACUCCCGAUGAACCCCGGCGCCGCUCCUUUCAACAACAACACUCGUACCGGCUGUCGCUGACCGGCUCCUUGCCUACAAACCUGACGCCCACUCGUGUCCCUCCCAUUCGCUCAUUUCGCUCAUCGGGGUCUCGCAGAAGCCUUCCAAGCUCCGACAUGAACUUUACCCCACGUCCCUACGACCUCGACGAGAGUGCUGGCGCUCCCCUCGACGACCAAGAAGACCCUGCCUUCACUGCCACCUCCGGACUUGAUGGCCGCUACGACAGGCAGUCUAGGCUCAUGACGCCACCCAUCUCAGGCCGUCAAGGCGCCAACGGCGAAGAGUCUGGCGAUGUCUUUCUGCGGCUCGCCAGGGAAGAUACCAUGAACCGCACCGCCAGUGGUCGAACGCCCGACGGCACCUAUAGUCCAGUCUCUGCCACCCACCGUUCGUGGCACCGUCGGCCGCUUUCUACAAAUUUCGCUUCCUACCAGCCGGUCUCUCCGCCCAAACUGAGACGUAGACUCUCUGACCAGCAAGAACGCCCGUAUCUAGGCAACCUGGAAGAUGACCAGGCCAGCCAGGUGUCUCGCGUCCUGCAAUAUCGCCCUAUCAGCGUAGCCAAGGCCGCGUCUGCUCAUCCUGGAGAGAGUGCAAGUCAAUACACCCCCACGAACCGAACCCACCGCCCACCGCCCGUCUCCUCGCGUGGUUCGGUUUACCAUGACAACUCGGAUAAUUAUCGCCACACCCGCCGCCGGUCUUCUGUUACCGACAGCACCCCGCCCAUCUCCGGCAGAGGGCAGUCUCCCAAGACCGGUCCCGUGCACAACUUUUCCAAAACAUACAACUCGUCACCAUUGGUCCGGUCUUUCGACCUACCUCCACCGCAGGCCCAAGAGACUCAAAACGGCGUCGAAGGCACUGAAUCUAACGCGUCUACCACAGCUCCCUCGACAGUAUGGGAUGAACUGGAUGAGCUGAAGUCGAGGAUCAACCGUCUCGAAAUCACAGGAAGGGUGCCCCCUACAUCUGGUGCUGCCGUGGCAAAAUUAUCAGAUGAGCGCCCCGUCACGGCCAAUACCGCUGCUACGACAGCCUCGUCAUCACCAAAGCGCCAAGUUCACGUGCAUGCCGACGAGACGGCUUCAGUCGCCACGCAAAGAGACGCCGUUCCGAUCCUGCAAAAUGCACUGGCCAAUUGUAAGAUGAAUCUUAGCCCCGCGGUCUAUCACGCUUUGGAUUGUGCCGCACAGGAUGCGCUGAGCUUGUCAGCCGCCAUGGGCCACGGCCCAAUCUCGAGCGGCGCCAGCACAAUUGGCAACGGAAGCACUACCACUGAUCGACAGCUUCGACGCAAGGCUGAGAGCAUGUGCCGAAGCCUAACCGAGCUUUGCAUCACUCUCAGCGACGACGCAGUCUAUCGAGCAGGCACCACCCAGCAGCAGGCGCAAGCAUUCGUGCCAGGCACGCCUCUGACGCCGACGCUGCCCAAGUCGCAUAGCAGCGCCCUGCCUGUUUCUCGACGCUCUAGCGUAGUGGAGAGCAGCACGCCUCUGUCGCACACGAGCCCGAGGGUCAUGUCCAGAUUCGAGGAACGCCGUAACUCUCUUCUGCAUGCGUCAGGCCCUCCCGUCUCUCUCCAUUCUACCCCUCAUAAUGCCGUGUCCAACGACAACAAUCUCGGCCGCCACUCUUCUCUUUUCGUGUCUCGUACACGCCAGAUCCGCCAAGAAGAGCCGGAAGACGGCAGAGAGUCAGCCCUCUUGAGAACCCGCCGCGCCUUGACCGAAGAGCCCGAGGAAGGCCGCAAGAGCACCUUCUUCACCCGGAACCGUCGGGGCACCGCCGAAGACAUGGAUCAACUACCACUGUCGAGGUCGCCCACGCGCCGCACCGUCACCAUGGCCUACCAGCCCUCGAAUGAGCACGCCAUUGAAGCCGACACCCCCGAUCGGCAGGACACCUCGUCGGUCGUCUCGUCGGCCACCUCGCGCCGCCGCCUCGUCUCGGAGCUGCACGGAUCCCGUCUCGCCGCGCCAACAGGACUGAGUCCCGCCGCGCCGACGAGAAAAUUCUUCGACCGGUCCGCGUCGACGCGCGAGGGCACCAGCACGCCCAUCAUGGACCGCCUCGCGCGCCACGUCUCACUACACGGGCGAGCGUCGCGUUCGAGCCGCGAGAGUAUGCUUCCGCGACCACAGAAUGGCAACGUGAAUGCAAACGCGGCUGCAGACGGGUCGCCGCAGUAA